AUGCAUGCCAAAUGCCGCCCUCCGGCAGGUAAUAUAACAGGUAGUUCUGGCUCUUCAGAGGCAGAAAAGCAGACGACCACAGAGGCGGUGGAUACGGUUCCCCUUCCACCUCCUGAUGGCGGCUUGACGGCAUGGCUACAAGUCGUGGGGGCAUUCUUCCUAUUCUUCAACUCAUGGGGCAUCCUGAACGCCUACGGAGUAUUCCAGAGCUACUACCAGUCCGACCUAAUCCCCACAUACUCAUCCUCCGCCAUCACCUGGAUCGGCACUGUGCAAGGCUUCGUCCUGUUUCUGGUUGGGGUGAUUGUAGGCCCCAUCUUCGACAAAGGCUUCCUGCACAGCUUAAUCGCCUUCGGAACAUUCAUGGUAGUGUUUGGCCUGAUGAUGACCUCUCUCUCAAACCAGUACUAUCAGCUCUUCCUUGCGCACGGCAUCACAGUGGGUAUCGGCUGCGCAUUUCUCUUCCUACCCAGCAUCGCUAUCGUCGCCACCUACUUCACCUCACGCCGCGCCCUCGCCACCGGAAUAACAGCGUCAGGAGGCAGCAUCGGGGCGGUGGUCUACCCCAUAAUGUUCCACAAGUUGAUCAGCCGGGUAGGGUUCGGGUGGACGACACGCAUCAUUGGCUUCGUGGCGCUAGCCGGACUGACAAUCUCAUUGCUCGUAUUGAGACGGCGGUUACCACCGCCAACGAAGAGCAGAUCAUUACUGGACCUCGCUUCCCUCAAAGAGCCACCCUUCCUCAUAUUCAGCUUCGGCCUCUUCUUUUGCUUCGUGGGACUCUACUUUCCCUUCUUCUACCUCCAAAGCUACUUCAAUUACUACUUGCAUAGCAACAGCAGCCUGGAGUUCUACAUCUUCUCUGUCCUCAACGCUACCUCGGUGCUGGGUCGCAUCACCCCAGGCCUCAUGGCCGACCGUAUUGGUGGCCUUAACACACUAGUACCUAUCAGUCUCCUUGCGACUAUUCUGGCAUUCGUGUGGAUUGCUGUCCGCAACGUGGGUGGGGCUGUCGUUUUCACUUGUCUCUAUGGAUACGCUUCUGGAGCUAUUGUCUCCCUGCCGCCAUCUAUCUUGACACGCAUGUCCCCGACUCUGGAUGUUGUGGGCACGCGCCUGGGCAUGAUCUUCAUGUUUGCUGGUUGUGGGUUCCUCAUUGGUACUCCGAUUGCUUCCCUUCUGUUGGAUCUAGAGCAGGGUUGUUUCUGGAAGGCUCAGCUGUUUAGUGGUAUGUUUGUUGCUGCUGGGACGAUGUGCUUUAUUGCUCUGCGGGUAAUGCUGUGGCGGCGAGGUGGCGGUUGGAAGAUUUGA